AUGGUUCAAGGACGUGCGCCGGUGAGUCGAAGGGUACAGAGGUAUAGAGGUGGGUUGUUUAUCGCAGCCGCGUCGGUGGGAACGCUAGUUGCUGUGGGGUCGCUGGCGGUAUAUAUAGUGAAGCAGUGGCUCUAUCGCCAGCAGCUGAGGAUUGCUGAAGAGCAUUUUGUCAAGGAGCAGAUCAAGCGCCGGUUUGAUCAGACGCAGAGUGACUCUUUGGCGACGUUGUAUGAGCUAGUGCAAGUGAGUUCCAUGGUCUACGACCAGAAGGACUUGAACCUUGAUGAAAUCAUGCUUGCUCUGAGGGACAAGAAACUACAGAAGCAGUCUCAAACUGGCAGUGCCGCCAGAGCAGCGGACACCACAAGUAAUAGCAGUGUGACGGGUGUUACAUCUGCUUUGAAUGACAAAGUCAGUGAGAAAGCCAGUAGUAUAAGAAGUUCAAAGACCGAUGAUAUAAGAAACAUGACCAAAGGAGAGUUAUGGAACCAGUUGAAGAUCAGGAGCAUUUCUAAGUUGGUGACCGUAACGUACACAACAUCUUGUCUGCUACUAAUGACUAGGUUACAACUGAACAUUUUGACAAGAAAGGAAUAUCUUGAGACAGUGGUGAAAACUACAAUGCAGAAGAAUAAUGAUGCCGGCAAUUCAUCGGGAUUCUUUUCUUGGGUGGCCUCGAAAAUAUGGGGUAGCCCCUCAAAUGGAGAGGAGAAGAGAAAGUCUGCUCAGGAUAUGUAUGGCGAGUUAGUUCAGGCUGAGAAAGCAGGGAAGCAUAUGUCAAAGGGCAAAGUCGAGUAUAUCAAUGAGCAAGCAUUUCUAUCCAUUUUCUGGUGGCUGAUCAACCGUGGGUGGUCGAAGAUACAUGAGAUUGUAGAGCGCGAAGUGCGGUCAGAAUUUGGACAUCUUGACCCCAAGGAUGCGUUGACCAUUGAUGAUUUUAGUGAGCGGUUGACGAAGGUCUAUUACAGAGUUAACAAGACUUUGUUCCUGGUCAAUGAGGAGAAAGAGAAGCCGCUUCUUGAUAUUAUGAUCCCACGGACCCCUCAAGAGUUGAAAAAUGUCCUUGAGCAAGCAAUGGACCUCGAAUCUUUGCAAUUACUUGAGCAAGAUGACAGUAUACUGCGCCAAUUGUGUAAAGAGAUGGAGAAGUAUAUGAAGAGCGAGGCCACAUCUAUAGUCAUGGAGCAAGCGAUAAACGAGUCCUUCGAUUAUGCGAUCACUGAGAUAGAUGCCAGUAUCAAGAAGAGGAACCAGGAAGAGACACAGAUGGCAUUGUUUGCGUUGAGCUGCAAAGAAUGUUGUGACAAGAUGCUUAAGACAAACAUGAUGACCAUGGACAAUGAUUACUUAACUGUUCUCGACGGCAUUGCAGUAUUGGACGAUCUAAGUGCUAUGGUAUAUAGUAAUUUUGGCCUCUAA